AUGACUGAAGUAUCUAUCUUAGUUAUACUUUUGCUUAUAAUAGAAUGUAGAGCUAAAGAAACCACAGUGAAAACAAUUAUUAUAGAAACGACCACAGAAUACGUCACAUAUAUCACAGAUAUACCCGAGGAGGAUGUUAACCAGGCUUUGAUUCAGGGUUAUGGUCGAUACACGACUCAGUCCUUCUUAUAUGAUAAUCACCAAUAUCAUCAAGCUUUUCCCGUGGACCACGAAAGAUGCAUCGAAGACAUGAUAAAGUGCAACGCUGACAUGUAUGUUACAUAA